AUGUCUGCAACUGAUGGAGACUCCAACGCCGGAGCGGCCAAGCCGAGCGGGCUCGUGUGCUGCCCGGUGCACGUCACCACGACACGCAAUGCACGGUCCCUCGCUGUGGGGGUCCUCUGCAGCAUGAGCUUCCACGACCCCGAGGGCUACAUCGACUCCACGGACUACCCCCCGCUGCCCCUGCACAGCUACCUGGAGUGCACCUACAACGUCACCGUCUACACGGGCUACGGCGUUGAGCUCCAGGUAAGAAGCGUGUCGGGGGUGGACGGCGAUGCCCUGGUGGUCCUGGCCAACCAGACCCUGCUGGUGGAGGGCCAAGUGAUCCGCAGCCCCACCAACACCAUCUCCGUCUACUUCCGCACCUUCCAGGAUGAGGUGGUGGGGACCUUCCAGCUCCACUACCAGGUGUUUAUGCUGAGCUGCAGCUUUCCACGGAGACCUGAUUUCGGAGAUGUCACCGUGAUGGAUUUGCACUCGGGUGGAAUUGCUCAUUUUCACUGUCACCUGGGCUACGAGCUGCAGGGUCCCAGGGUGCUUACGUGCAUCAACGCAUCGAGGCCGCACUGGAGCAGCCCAGAGCCAAUCUGCUCAGUCAGGAGGCGAGACAGGUCUUCGAGCCAAAAGAGCUGCGAGAGGCAGGCGCAGAGCCCCAGCCCCCGCUAUCCCCAGGCCCUGUACUUCGUGCCGGGUGAUCUUGCUGGUCCCCUGAUCCCGCUGGCUGUGGGGAUGGUGGUGUACAGCGGGGACACGAACCAGGCCGCCAUCCUCUACGACUCGCUGCGCGCCGACAGCGUGCCCUUCGAAGGGGUCAUCAGCGACGGCUCCUCCAUCAGGAUUGAAUUCCUCGCGGAGGAGCCUGCGGCUGCCACGGCUUUCAACAUACGCUUCGAAGCCUUUGAGCGGGGCCACUGCUACGAGCCCUACAUCCAGAACGGGAACUUCACCACCUCCGACCCCACCUACAACCUGGGCACCACCGUGGAGUUCACGUGCGACCCCGGGCACUCCCUGGAGCAGGGCCCCGCCGUCAUCGAGUGCGUCAACAUGCGGGACCCGUACUGGAACGACACGGAGCCGCUGUGCCGAGCCAUGUGUGGGGGGGAGCUGACCGCCGUGGCUGGGGUGAUCCUGUCCCCCAACUGGCCGGAGCCCUACGCGGAGGGGGAGGACUGCGUCUGGAGGGUGCACGUUGGCGAGGAGAAGCGGCUCUUCCUGGACAUCCAGCUCCUGAACCUCACCAACAGCGACAUCCUCACCAUUUAUGACGGGGACGAGCUCACUGCCCGCAUCCUGGGGCAGUACGUCGGCAGCAGUGGUCCCCAGAAGCUCUACUCCUCCAGCCCUGACCUCACCAUCCAGUUCCACUCAGACCCUGCCGGGCUCAUCUUUGGGAAAGGGCAAGGAUUCAUCAUGAACUACAUAGAGGUGUCCCGCAACGACUCCUGCUCCGACCUGCCUGAGAUCCAGAACGGCUGGAAGACCACGUCGCACACGGAGCUGGUGAGAGGGGCCAAGAUCACCUACCAGUGCGACCCGGGCUACGACAUCGUGGGGAGCGACACCCUCACCUGCCAGUGGGACCUCAGCUGGAGCAGCGACCCCCCCUUCUGCGAAAAGAUGAAUCAAGACAGCUUUGAACAUGCUCUGGAAGUAGCAGAAGCUGCUGCAGAGACAUCGCUGGAGGGAGGAAAUAUGGCCUUAGCCAUAUUCAUCCCGGUGCUGAUCAUCUCCUUGCUGCUGGGAGGAGCGUACAUCUAUCUCACAAGGUGUCGGUACUACUCCAGCCUCCGCCUGCCCCUCAUGUACUCCCACCCCUACAGCCAGAUCACGGUAGAAACGGAGUUCGACAACCCCAUUUAUGAGACAGGAAGCCUUCCUCCAGCACUGCCUUUCGGGAUGAUCGGCCCCGGAAUGCCCGUGGGGACCCUCUGGGCACAUCGCUGCUGA